GUACUCGAAUAUUCUAAGAAAAGUCUGACGAAUUUUUUGAUUACUGAAUUGUAAUAAUAUUUAUUAUAAAUAAUUACAAUAUUUAUCAUAAAUAUGAAACUAAUUGUGUCAAAGAUACGUUGUAUGACAUUUACAUCUGUGCGAUGCUUUUCAACAGCACCAAAUGUGAUACUUGAUGAUACAACUUCUUCUCUAUUAUUUAAUGAGGAUAUAAAGCAUAAGAAUCACCCAGGUAUUAUUAAACCUAGGACUCCAAUAUUUCCCAAAUGGGCAUUAACUGAAAUAUCUGAUAUUUUAAAAGAAAAUAAGAUAUCUGUGAAAAAUAUUGAAGAAAGUGCAAAGAAGUUACUUAAUCAUUUAAAUAAUCGUUAUCCACCAAUACAAGAAGCAAAGUUAUAUGAAAAAUUAUUAAAAGUAGAAGAACAUUUAAAUAGUAAAAGCCAUAAUAAAAAGAUAGAUAUAGAAGAUGUAGAUUUUAGUAAAAACGAAAAAGCCAGACAUUUGCUGAAACAAAACAUCUAUAAUUGGCAACCAAUAAAUUUUGAUAAGCCCACUUGUUUGACAUAUAUGGUAGGUAGAACUGUUCAAAACUAUGCGGUUUUGAGCAAGAUUCUAAAUGAAAUCAAUGUACGUGAUGAGAACUUCAAACCUCAGACAUUGUUUGAUUUUGGCUCUGGCCUUGGUACAGUUAUGUGGGCAACAUCUGAGAUUUGGUCAAAUUCAAUGAAAGAAUACCUUUGUGUAGAAAUUUCAAAACCAAUGAUUGAAUUAUCUGAAAAAUUAGCAAAAGCUGCUAAACCUAAAAUAAAAAAUGUCUUUUAUCGAGAAUAUUUUCCACUAUCUACCACAACCUAUGAUAUCGUGGUGAGCGCAUUUUCUUUAUUUGAAUUGUUUGGUACAAAUGCGCGUCUUGAAGUGAUAUUAAAUCUUUGGCAGAAAACUGAACAUUACCUCAUUAUUGUAGAACAGGGAACCAAUGCAGGCUACAAGUUAGUAAAUGAAGCACGAGAUUUUAUCCUCAAGUAUGCAAAGUCGAGAUCCAAAAGUAGUUUGGGACAAGAGGCUUAUGUAUUUUCGCCUUGCCCGCAUGACUUGAUGUGUCCGAGAUUCGUUGCUUUCGACAACACUCCGUGCAACUUUGAAGUUUUGUAUCAACCUUUGCCAUUUCUGGACAGAUCGAAGUAUAAACCGGAGCGUUACUCCUACGUUGUGCUGAAGAAAGGUAAACGCCCUGAGAAUGAUAGUCAAUGGCCGAGAAUCGUACGAGCUACGUUGCAUCGUCACAAACACACGAUUUGUCGCAUGUGUGUCGCCAGCGGCCAACUGAAAGAGGAGAUUUUCACAAAAUCCAAGCACGGGAUGGACAUGUACCGUUGUGCAAGAAAUAGUGAAUGGGGCGAUAGGCUACCUAUACAUUAUAAAGAACAAGAGAAUAUCCUGAAAGGAGAUGACACCGCUAACGAAGGGACUCCUGUAGAAUGAAAAAAUAAAUUUCGUUAAAUAUUUUUACGAUUAUGUGUCUUAUGCAUUGAAAUAUUAUCCGUGAAAAGAGAAUUGCUAUCGACGCGCGUGCACGCUGCAUCAAAUGUUUUUUUAAUAAAACACCAACAGUCUGGUGCAGUUGAUAAUCGUCGUCUAUCUAAAAUUUGGAAAUGAGGAAGCAGAUAUAAGAGCAGAAUGUCCCAUUGAUCUAACAGAAUUGAAAUUGAAAACAGAAUUUUUAUAUAUCAAUAUUUUUAAAAAUUUAGUACUAGAAACUUUUUUAUAACUUAGGCAAACUAUAUUUAUCUAGUUUUGCAACUUUAUCCUGUUUUGAAACUUAAAU